AUGGCAGUGUCUUCGGUUCAAGACGAGCCACUUGAAAGGAGCAUCAAAAUAGUUAUAGAGUCCAUAGAAAAUAUUACAGUGGAAGAAGAGACUGGUGUAUCGUUCGUCGUGAUGCAUAAUGACGCAGUGCUCGGAGAAAGUAUUCCCCUCGUUAUCGAUCCCGGUUUCAAGGAACCGCCGCAAGUUUACGACGUCAAUUUCGCGGUCGAGUUUUCAUUUAUAGUUGACGACCGUAACAGCGUGGCUCCAAUCGUAUCAGCGCCACUUUUAAUAAAGGUAGCGUGCGAUGUCCAAGAUGAACGUUUGCCCGAUUCCGCCGCAUCAGCCGUGGAACCGAGGAAGCGAGUAACAGCGGUCGCUGCGCAGCAGGCAUCGACUUCAUCAUGCGUGAUUGGCUUUUGCACUCUCGAUCUAAUGCCGAUACUGCUGGGACCGCCAGGUGAAAAGUCGAUCGUCGAAAGAUUGAUAGUGCAAACGCCACAUCUCUCGUUUGACGGUAACGCGGUCUCGUGGCAAAAUCUUCCUUUAUUAAACGCGACAGUAACAUACGACGGCGACGAGAUAUUACCUUCGCAAGAAAUUAAUUUCCUGAGUGUUACGGUGGAAAGUAUCUACAAUCCGCCGAUCUUCUUCGCCGAAGACGCGGAUUAUAAAGCGGGCACGAUGAUAUACGUUGACAAUGAGAUUCCGGAAAAGCUAAUAUUCGAGGACGGUAAAUGGACAAAAUGUCGCGACUUGGAGAGAAUGAAACGAUGGCGAGGCCUGUCGAAAUUACAAAGUCGCGCCAGAUUAUCAAAAUGGAAACUCGGUCACGAUUAUGCACGUGCGAGAGACACGCUCGGUGCAGAAUUCGACUUACAGAAGAAAGUGUGCCAAGACGAGCCUAGGAUCGAAUGGAACUUCAUGAAUCGCAGCAUGUUGCUCGAUGCGGGAAGCGAGGCGAUGAAAAAGCAUCUUGUCAAGGGGAAACAUUGGCCGUUUCAAUUCAUGCUGAGCGCAGAAGAGGACGGCGUCGUGCGAAAGGAGGAAGAAUCGGCCAAGUGUCAGCUUUAUCAGUGUUAUAUUGACCUGUCGGAGCUGGUUUUCCCGGGAAUAAAAAGCACUCGGGCAGUUGCGCAACUGUACACGCAUGACCCAUUGAGUAUGGCCGAAAAGACUGGCUUGGAAAAGGAUAUCUUCUGCACGGAAUCAUGGAGUAAAGAUUCAAAAGAGCGAGAAUCGAGAAAGUCGAUUCAGACGGACGUCGAAACAACGCAAAGUACUCCGUUAACUUCGGAGACUGGCGAGCCCGCGUUUGUCAUAAUCGAAGUCGAACUUUUUCGUCCGCUUGUUCCUUGUAGACUCGAAAGCGAUCUCUCAGACAUAAUUGAAGAGAUAAUGCCGUCGAAAGUAACUAAGCAGCGCUACGUUUACACCGGCGACGUAGCGGAGCAACAAUACGCAACGUGCAUUCGGAAACUAGUGGAGAUUCUUACGGAGAGCUACAGAGACUUUCGUGGCAAAAAAAAGCAGGAGAAGUUGUCUGCUUCAAAGGAACAGGAAAAUGAUUCUAAGCUGACGGAUAAAGCAAAAUAUUGCUUCGCUCCAGAAGAGGAUGAGCUGACUUGUUUCACGCAAUAUUUACACAAAACUGGCACAUACUUAAACGUACGCAGUACUUUGAAGACAAAAGUGAUCACGUUGCUGGAUCAGAAAUUGAAGACGAACAUGAACACCGUGCACUCCGUCGACAGCCAGAAUUUUGUGGCAUCUCUAUACACGUAUCUCGUCGAACAAAUGCACCUGGCCAUCAACAAGAUUGUCGAAAGCCGCCUCGCGGAUGACGAUUCGCCCAGGACUGCAAUACCUAAAAAACUAUACUUCUACGCCGAAGAGGCUUACGAAUUAGAUCAUGUAGAUGAUGCAAGGCGGCAUCAUCAGACGGCAAUUGCGGCAGAUAAACACGACGCCGAAGCGUGGACCAAGUACGCGAUCUUUCUCUUGAAAAUCGGUGACGUGGAGCGCGCAAAGGAAUGCAGCCGCGAAGCGAUUCUUUCGAACAGGCGGAAUAAAUUCGCUUUAUUAGUGCGUGGACUGAUCCUCGCCGAAGAUCGGAGUCAUCGAGAAGCGGAGGUCUUUCUGAGAGCCGUUACCGAUUUCUAUCCGCGAUUCGUUGAAGGAUGGGUCAUUCUGCAUCUGUUUUACGCCCGCACAAAUUACAUUCCGGGGAUAGAUUUCACUUUGAGGGUGGCGGAGAAAUGCAUGAGGGACGGCGACGAAGAGACGGAGAUCUCGAGCGAAGAUCCUCUCGCCUGGACAACGACUCACUGUCCACCGGAUAACGUAUUUAUGAUAACGGCUGUACUCCUAAUGAAACUGCAUUUCUGCGACUUUGCCGAUUUAGCGCUGGCGAAAGAAAUGUCUCGCGCGAACAGAUCCACCCAUGUUCUGUAUUAUUCAGCUGUGCGACGUUACUUAUCGCAGCAAUACAAGGAGGCUUUAUCGCACCUACGAGAAGCCGAAUGCAUUUAUGGACUGGAUUACUCGAUAAGCAGUUUAAUGGGACACUGUUAUUUUCAAGAGGGUAAUUUUGCGGAGGCCAUUUAUUGCUACGAGUUCGCCAGUGCAAUGUUCAACAGGCCGGACGAUUUGCAUCUCGUGCAGACGAGAAUGGGACUGUAUUACGAAAAUGCCGGUGAUUACGAGCGCGGGUUGAAAGUUUUCCUCAGCGUAUGCAGAACCUCACCGACGGCGGAAACGUGGCUUGGUGCGGGAGUCGCUCUCUUCGAGCUGCGGCGGUUUACGGAAGCCGAGGCGGCCUUAUCGGAGGCGAACCAGCUUGACAAUCGUAACGCGACUGUCUGGAAAUAUCUGUGCCUGUUAAACAUGUCCUUAGAGCGUCACGACGAGGUCGCUCAGUGUUACGAACAGAUUGCCCAGGACAAUACGGCUUUCUCUCUAGAAAAACGGUCCCUCAAAUGGAAAAGCGGGAUCGGUCAUGCUCUAGAUGCCUCGGAUACCGCAGUAUAUAAGACUUCCCCUCUUCAAUUCAGAGACGUAGAUCGACAAUCGCAAUGAGAUUGACGUGCACUCUCCUUGUACUCUAUUUGCUUGAAAUAGCAAUGUUAACAACGAUUAGCUGCAGUGAGUCAGGCAACGCAGCGCGUCACUCGGCUUCGAAAAAUGAUGAUGUUCCACGAGUAAAAAUAAAAGUGUUUCGCGGUCCCACGGAAGAAGGGGACGGCGAAUUUUUCGCCACCUGGGGAUAUUGGAUUCAACAGCCCAGCAGAUAAUACAGCCACGUUCUUCUCAUUACAUCGCUUCCUACCGCGCAACGUUUAUAUGUAACGAAAUAAUGAUUUCUUCUUCGUUUAUGUGUUACAAAUAAUGCCCAAAUAAUAAUUGAAAGAUUAAAAUCGCAA